AUGAGCCCAAGCGACAACCGAUUCGCAACGACCUACUCCUCUUGCUAUGGGUCGCCUCAGUCGACAGGUCGCGAUCUUGAGGUAAGAUCAAUUUGGCGCCAAGGCACAGCCAAUCCCACCACCGCCAGGCUUGCCAGCUCGUCGAUGGCGUCACGUGAUCUGGUCCUGCCGGCUAGUCGUGUGGCCAAAGGGUGUGAUGAAAGUACUUUAACUUUUCAGGCCUAUCCUGGCCCAGCAGGCGUGCUAGUCCAACGGACAACGGGCAGUCUGAUUGGACAAUCUCGUUAUGCCUCUACUUGUCAACCAAUCACCAGCCGGCAGUCGGCCAUCACGAGACAGUCGGAUUCAGGCCAGCCAAUCAGUGAUGUGCAUCUCGCCUCUUCUAUGCUGCCUCCACGUGGCCUGCCCUCGGUCCGAGCGUCGCUGGCGUCUGGCCCUGCGUCUGUCGCCAGUUGGUCACAUCGUGGCAUGGCGUCCGGUGCCGGCAGGACGUACACCAGCACGUACAGCACGCUCGUCGGUGCCGCUCCUCCGCCGGCCUCGUCGGGCCGAGGCGAGGCCGGCUGCAAUCGCCAGUUGGUGGUGGAUCCCACCAGCAACCCGUUGCUCCACUGUCCGGCUGUGGGAGGCUACGACCUGAACAAGAUGUUUUCUCAAAUUGCCCGCGUCACCGAUCACCUCUACUUGAGCAGCCUGAACGCACUGACGCCGGAUCGCCUCCGCCAGAACGAGAUCACUCUGCUCGUCUCUGCCAUGAUAGAUCCGCCGCCGGCGGCGCUUCGAUCUGCCGUCGCCAACUCGCUGCACAUCAGCGUGGAGGAUGUCGAGUCGACGAACCUUGGGGUGCAUUUCGACCGCGUGGCCGAUCGCAUCGCCGCCGAGGCGCGACGCGGCGGACGCGCUCUGGUGCACUGCAUGGCCGGCAUUUCACGCUCCACCAGCCUCGUGCUCGCCUACCUCGUCCGGCACCGAGGCAUGAGUCUGGCCGAGGCCUACCAGUUGGUGCGCAGUGUGCGCCCGUGCGUCCAGCCCAACCCCAGCUUCUGGCGCCAACUGGUCGACUACGAGGAGCGUCUUCGAGGCGGCCGAUCGGUGCGUCUUGUCCCGUCAGGACCCGUUCACACGCACUCGCCCACCGCCUGCGCUACUCCAUUCCUCUCUGGUCACGCCUACUCUGGCGGCCCCGGCUGUGGCCUCUUCUCGCUCGCGUCGCUCUCGUCACUCUCGUCGCUCUCCUCACUCGCCGGACAGCGCGUCGCCUCCACUCGGCCCGGACAACAAGGCGAUCACAACAAGCCCCGACAAAUCUCCGGCUCCCCACACUUCUGCUAUGCCGGCUCCCCCGCCACCUCGAACGCGCCUCUCUCCUCCGCCUCCGUUUCUCGCCCAGCCGCCUACACCGGCUCUCGUCUCCUCGAUCUUCCCCAGCAUCCCACCGAGGCCGGCCUCAUCGCAGCCGGCAGACACGGCCCCUUGACCAGAUCUCUCUUCAGAUUCUAG